AAAAGCUUUCUGCCCACCCAAGAAAAAAACAUACCAAAAAAUUUGCAAUUUUUUUCCCCUAUUUUUCGAUCAAUCUGUUAUUCAUCUGCAUUGUAUUGUUCUCUCUUCUUUGGCUUAUUUACUGAAAAAAAACCCUAAAAAGAUUGUUGCUGCUGUGGUAUCAGAGGGUUAUUCAUCAUCUAGGUUUGAAAAGAGAGCAGAGUCAUUGUGAAUUGGGGGAAUUAUGGCGCAGAAUCAGAAUGCGGCAGCGGCGGCGACGAACGGUGUGUCGGCGCCGGGGGAGGCGGCGGAGCAGUCUCAAUCGACGUCGCUCUAUGUGGGCGAUUUGGAUUUGAGUGUGAUUGAAUCGCAGGUUUUCGAUCUUUUUAGUCAAGUCGGUCAGGUGGCGUCGGUUAGGAUUUGCAGGGACAUUGGCACUCAAGUCAGCCUUGGAUAUGCUUACGUUAAUUUCAACAAUUCUGAGGAUGCUGCAAGAGCGAUAGAAGUGUUGAAUUUCACGCCUCUGAAUAACCAGUCUAUUCGAAUUAUGUACUCUCAUCGGGAUCCAAGCAAUCGGAGGAGUGGCACAGCAAAUAUCUUCAUCAAGAAUCUGGACAAAGGAAUCGAUAACAAAGCCUUACAUGAUACCUUCACAAGUUUUGGGACUAUUCUUUCGUGCAAGGUAGCAACAGACUCCGAUGGCCAAUCUAAGGGUCAUGGAUUUGUGCAAUUUGAGACCCAAGAUGCGGCGCAAACUGCUAUUGAUAAGUUAAAUGGAAUGCUUAUCAACGAUAAACAAGUGUAUGUUGGAAAGUUUCUUCGUAAGCAGGAGAGGGAGACGGUGGCUAACAAGACAAAGUUCAACAAUGUUUAUGUAAAAAAUCUAUCUGAGUCUACUACAGAUGAUGAUCUGAAGAGAAUUUUUGGUGAAUACGGGAAUAUCACUAGCUGUGUAGUGAUGAAGGACGGUGAUGGAAAAUCCAAAUGUUUUGGUUUUGUCAAUUUUGAAAUUGCUGAUGAUGCUGCUAAAGCUGUUGAAGCUCUAAAUGGAAAGAAAUUUGAUGAAAAAGAGUGGUACGUUAGGAAAGCCCUGAAGAAGUCGGAGAGAGUGCAAGAACUUAAAAGUCGGUUCGAGCAAACUGCCCGAGAAGCUGGCAACAAAGUUCAAGGAACUAAUUUAUAUGUCAAAAACUUGGAUGAUAAAAUUGAUGAUGAAAAGCUGAAAGAGCUUUUUGCAAAAUUUGGUACCAUAACUUCUUGCAAGGUUAUGCUGGAUCCAAGUGGAGUAAGCAAAGGUUCUGGAUUUGUUGCGUUCUCAACUUCAGCAGAGGCUGCUCGUGCUCUUGCCGAGAUGAAUGGAAGAAUGGUGAUCAGUAAGCCACUAUAUGUGGCAGUGGCAGAGCGGAAAGAAGAUCGAAGGGCAAGGUUACAGGCUCAGUUUUCACAAAUGAGAGCUGUUCCGACAAUGCCUCCACCCAUUGGUCCUCGUAUGCCGAUGUAUCCUCCCGUUGCAGCUGGCAUGGGGCAGCAACUAUACUAUGGCCAAGGCCCUCCUGCCAUGAUUCCUCCUCAGGCUGGAUACGGCUAUCAGCCACAGCUUUCUCCCGGACUGCGUCCCGGAGGCGCUCCGAUCCAUAAUUUCUUUGUUCCCGUAGUCCCACCGGUGCAACAGGGCCAACGCCCUGCUGGCAGACGCGGACAGCAAAAUCAGCAACCUGUUCCUAUGAUGCCGCCACAAAUGGUUCCUCGGGGUAGGAUGUACAGGUACCCUCCUGGUAGGAACACUCCCGACGUCGCCAUUGCGCCAGCUGCCUCAGGGAUGAGGUCCGUUCCGUUCGACAUGGGCAACAUGGUUCCUCAAAAUGCCGUCGUCCCCCCACAGCCCGUCCCGAUCUCUGCCCUCACGACUGCUCUCGCAAGCGCAAAGCCCGAAUAUCAGAGGAGGAUCUUGGGCGAGUACUUGUACCCGUGCGUCGACCAGCUCGAGCACGAGCACGUCGCCAAAAUCACGGGAAUGUUACUGGAGAUGGACCAGACUGAGGUUCUGCAUUUGCUGGAGUCGCCGGAAGCUCUGAAAGCUAAAGUUGCCGAGGCUGUGGAUGUGCUGAGGAAUGCCCCGUCUCCGUCUCCGGCGCCGGGUAAUACCUCUGCCAAUUAGCUCGAUUCGACGUCUGUGGACGACGACUAAUUUCAUUCAUUUUUCGACUAAGUUUCUUUUUGGCUUAACUAGUAUGAACUCAACUCCCUUUUCUUGUUGCACCUACAAAUUUUGGACAGAUUUCUGCACUCUCUUCUUUUUUAUGAUUCUAAUUUCAUUGCUUGCAUUUCUUUCCAUUGAUGUGUAUAUAUUUGCAUUUCUUUUUUAUGGUUCGG